AUGGCUGACACUGGGGUGGACGUCUCGAGCAUGAAGCGCAGCAGUGGCAAAAACGAUGUCAUCGAGGGUAACGACGCAAAGAGGAAGAUGCUUCGUGGCGGUGGCGAUGUGGACCCAGCGGCGGCAUUGGCAAGCGUUCGCCAUGAGUUUGGGGAGCACGGUGGAGUGAACAUGUCAGUGGAGGCCUCUGCCACCUUUACAGUGAUGGAGCCGGACACCCUCCGCCGCAUGUUCGCCGGCGAGCUUGGCCCUGACAAUGAUUUCUUCAUCUACAGCCGCCACUUCAACCCUACAGUUCUAAAUCUCGGCCGCAAGAUGGCUGCCCUGGAAGGCACCGAGGCCGCCUACUGCACCGCCAGCGGCAUGUCGGCGAUCUCCUCCGUUCUACUCCAGCUCUGCAGCUUCGGCGGGCACGUGGUGGCCUCAAGCGCUCUCUAUGGUGGGACCCACGCUCUCCUCUCUCAUUUUUUUCCCAGGACAUGCAACAUCACCACAACCUUCGUUGAUAUCUCCGAUUUGGAGGCAGUGGAGAACGCAAUCGUUGAAGGGAAGACUAAAGUGCUCUAUUUUGAGUCUGUGGCCAACCCUGUUCUGAAGGUGGCCAACAUUCCAGAACUGUGCCGCGUGGGACACAAAAAGGGUGUCACAGUAGUUGUCGACAACACCUUCGCUCCCAUGGUCGUUUCCCCCGCUUGUCUCGGCGCUGAUGUCGUCGUUCACAGCAUCUCCAAGUUUAUCAGCGGUGGCGCUGACAUAAUUGCAGGAGCUGUGUGCGGGCCUGCAAGUCUGGUGAAUUCGAUGAUGGACCUUCAGCAAGGGGCCCUGAUGUUGUUGGGUCCAACUAUGAAUGCUAAGGUAGCUUUUGAACUGUCGGAGAGAAUCCCUCACUUGGGCCUUAGGAUGAAGGAACAUUGCCACCGUGCAUUGGUGUUCGCCACAAGGCUUAAGAAAUUAGGACUCAAGGUGAUCUACCCAGGCCUUGAAGACCAUCCACAGCAUGAAUUGUUGAAAUCCAUAGCCAACAAGGAAUAUGGGUACGGUGGGCUUCUUUGCAUUGACAUGGAAACCGAGGAGAGAGCUAAUAGGUUGAUGAACAUCUUGCAAAACUAUGCUCAAUUUGGUUUCAUGGCUGUUAGCUUGGGCUACUAUGAGACCCUAAUGUCAUGCUCUGGAAGUAGCACUAGCAGUGAGAUGAAUGAAGAGGAGCAAAGGCUUGCUGGAAUCUCACCAGGCCUAAUAAGGAUGUCGGUUGGAUACAUAGGCACAGUGGAGCAGAAGUGGGCUCAGCUGGAAAAGGCACUUGCUAGAUUUAACGAGAAGGCACUACCCUAA